CCUUCUUUUUCUCAGGAAGAAAAAAAGUAGAAGGGAAGCUUUUGUAAGGUCUACCCAGAUCUUAUUUUCUUCUUGGCUUCAGUUUUUCAUCGUUUUCACAAGGUUUUAAAAUCUGGUUUCUCUUACUUGGGUGUUUGUUUCUCAGGAACAAAAAGAAGGAAAACUUUUUUAACUUCUUAGGUGGUUUUAAACUAUGGGUUAUCCCUUGAAUUUCUGAAUCAAAGGUUCCAAGUUUUACAAAAAAAAAAGAAAAGAAAAGAUGAAAAUCCAGUGUGAUGUUUGUGAUAGAGCACCAGCAACAGUGAUAUGCUGUGCAGAUGAAGCUGCACUUUGUGCUAAGUGUGAUAUUGAUGUUCAUGCUGCUAACAAGCUUGCAAGCAAGCACCAAAGGCUUCUCCUUCAAUGCCUUUCAGACAAGCAUCCUCCUUGUGACAUAUGCCAGGAAAAAGCAGCUUUCAUCUUCUGUGUUGAAGAUAGAGCCCUUUUUUGCCGGGAUUGCGACGAACCGAUCCAUCCGGCCGGCAGCCUUGCCGCGAAUCAUCAAAGGUUCCUCGCCACGGGAAUCCGAGUCUCCUUGAGUUCGAGUUGCAAUAAAAGUACUGAAAACAAUGUGUUGGAGCCACACAACAAGAGUGCACCUCAGACUUCAAUGAAAAUGCCUGCCCCCCAACAAUCAAGCUUUGCAUCCUCAUGGGCUGUUGAUGAUCUGUUGGAACUUUCGGAUAUUCAAUCUCUAAACAAGAAAGAGCAGAAUGAGCUUGGAGAGCUCGAGUGGCUAGCAGACAUUGGUCUUUUUGGUGAUCAAUUGCCUCCUGAGGUAUUAGCACCAGCAGAAGUUCCUCAACUCCCGAUACUGCAGUCAAACAACCCGAACUUGUACCGACCUACCAGACAUUCCCUGCCUCUGAAGAAGCCUAGAAUCGAAAUCCCGGACGACGAUGAUGAGUACUUCACGGUCCCUGAUCUAGGAUGA